CAGAGCGUAGCUCUUGUCAGACACACAUCCCACUCGCAGAAAGACGCAAAGACUUGCUCAUCUCUUGAAGCUCUUGGGAAGAGGAGACACUCGCCUGACAAGAAUGGACCCCUGCGAAUGCUCUAAGACUGGGACUUGCAGCUGUGGAACCACAUGCAAGUGUACCAACUGCCAGUGUACCUCUUGCCAGAAGAGCUGCUGCGACUGCUGUCCACCCGGAUGCAGCAAGUGCGCAUCGGGCUGCGUGUGCAAGGGCAGAGCCUGUGACGCCAGCUGCUGUCAGUGAGCCGAAGCGGCAGAAGACUAGAACUAGGCCUACCAUCCUGUGAAUUCCCGCGUCUCCAAUGUGAUCUUUGCUUGUGAUGUGCUCUUGACUCCAGUUUGGUUUUUUUUAUAUGGUAUACCUGCUACUUGUAUUUUUUUAAAUAGGCUACAGUAUGUUUAAUAAAUGAGAUCAUAACAUCAA